GGGACCCCCCGGGGGACCCCCCCGGGCUGGGGGGGGCCUCGGGGGGGGCCCCUGGGGGGGCCCCCUGGGAGAGGCGCCAAGGGGGGCCCCCAGGGGGGGGGCCCUCGGGAGGGGCGAGGGGCCCCCAGCAAAGCGGAAACGGGGGGGCCCCCAAGGCCGGGGGGGCCCCACAAAGUGAACCCUUGAGCCUCCUUGACCUGGAGCUUGCAGAUACCCCCAGCCAGGGGCCCCCCACGGCUCUUGCAGGGACAGCUGCGGGGGCUGGGGGGGCCCCCAGUUCUCCUGCUGCUGCUGCUGCUGCUGCUGCUGCUGCUGCAGCGGGGGCCCCCCAGCUGGUGCUGCUGGGGGCCCCCAGGCUGCCAUCGCCGCCGCCGCCGCCGCCUGCAGCGCCGCGACCAGCAGCAGCAGCUGCAGCAGGGCUGGCGUCUGCUUCUGAAGCUGCGCCUGCUGCAGCAGCAGCAGCAGCAGCAGCUGCUGCUGCUGCUGCUGCUGUGAGGUCCGGGGGCCCCUCCCCACCCCCAACUGAAGACCCUUGGGCUGUCUUCAGCAGCCUUUCUUCUCUUGAGGGACUUUCUGGAAAUUCUUCUGUCUCCGGCGGCUCCCUCUCUCCCCCCAGAAUACCCCACAGCAGCAGCAGCAGCAGCAGCAGCAGCAGCAGCAGCAGCAGCAGCAGGGGCAGCGGGCCUUUGGGGGCCCCCGCUGGGGUUUCGACGGGGCCCUUCAUGUCCCCCUCUCAUUUGCAGACGCAGCUGGCGCAGUGGGCCCCAGCAAACACUGCAGCAGCAGCAGCAGCACCAGCAGCAGCAGCAGCAGCAGCAGCAGCAGCAGCAGCAGCGCCUCAAGUGACCCUAGCGGGCAUCGCUGGCAGGGCCUCGUCUCCGGGGGGCCCCCAGGGACUGCAGCAGCAAACAGCAGCAGGACCCUACAGGGCCUUGGGGGCCCCCGAGGGGCCCCCAGAGUCCUCUCCGUGGCAGUCCUUUUCAUUUGGGGACUUUGUGGCAGCAAGUAGUCCACGGGGGCCCCCCCAGCAGCAGCAGGGGCCCCCCCCGCAGCAGCAGGGGCCCCCAGGACCCCAGGGCCCCCCGGGGCCCCAGGGGCCCCAGGGGCCCUCGGGGUCCCCGGGAUCCCUGGGGGCCCCCGGGGCCCUGGGGGCCCCCGGGCCCCUGGGGGCCCCAGGGGCCCUGGGGGCCCCCGGGGCCCUGGGGGCCCCCGGGGCCCUGGGGGCCCUGGGGGCCCCCCGGCCUGGGGGCCCAGUACCCUGGGGGGGCCCCCCACCUUUUGGGAAUCGCCUGGCGCUCAUGGGGCCCCCCGCGCCCCGCAGUUUAGAAGAAGAUCCAUUUGCGGAUUGUGGGCCCGUGCCCCAGCAGCAGCAGCAGCAGCAGCAGCAACUGCAGCAGCAGCAGCAGCAGCGGCAGCAGCAGCAGCAGCAGCAGCCGGGCGUGCACGCGUUUGCAGCAACAGUGGGGCAGGGGCUGCCUGCUGCAGCUGCUAGUGGCGGUGAUCCCCGUCAGCAGCAGCAGCAGCAGCAGCAGCAGCAGCAGCAGCAGCAGCAGCUAGAGAGCAGCAGGACUCCAAUGUCUUCUGCUUCUCAGAGCCCCUUGAGUACCCUUUCAGCAGGGGGGGCCCCCGCUGCUGCUGGGGGGCCCCCCGCUGCUGCUGCAGCGUGGCCCGACGUGGAGACCCGAACUGCAGCAGCAGCAGCAAAAGGGGAGGGGGGCCCCCCAGUACCCAACGGCCUCCAGGGGCCCCAGCCCAGCAGGCCCUUCCCGGGGGGCCCCCCAGUACCCUCGGGGGGGGCCCCCCUGGACUUGGCCUUAAGCAAGAAGCAGCAGCAAGAGCCAGCCUGGCCAGGGGACAUAAUCCGUGAAGAAGUCCCGGCUCGCCAGCAGCAGCAGCAGCAGCAGCAGCAGCAGCAGCAGCAGCAGCAGCAGCAGCAGCAGCAGCAGCUGUGGCCUGGGUCCCCCUCUGACGCCACACCCCUCGCCUCUGCUGCUGCUGUUGAUGGCCGCAGGUUCUCUUUUGGGGCCCCCCAAAGGGACCAGGGGCCCCCCGAGGGGCCCCUUAGCCCCAAGGGGGGCCCCCAGUACCCUCCCAGUUCUUGGAAGGGGCCCCAAGCACCCUUUUCUGCUUCCCAAGGGGACAAAACCAAGAGGGGCCCCUCCCCGCACAAGUACUCUCCCCGGGCCUCUCUGGGGGCCCCCGGGGGCCCCCCUGGGGGCCCCCCUGGGGGGCCCCCUGGGGGCCCCCCUAUGGGGGCCUACGUGGGGGCCCCCCUGGGGGCCCCCGAGGGCCUCCAGCCUCUCGGGCCCUCCCCACAAGAACGCGCUGCUGCUGCUGCUGCGGGGGGCCCCUCUGCUGCUGCUGCGGGGGGCCCCUCUGCUGCUGCUGCGGGGGGCCCCCCUGCUGCUGCUGCUGCGGGGGCCCCUGCUGCUGCUGCUGCGGGGGCCCCCGACAGCGACCUUCUCGAGAAAGUCCACCAGCAGUUAGAUGAAAUGGCCUUCAACUUAAACCUCUCAGAGUUGUAG